AGGUGUAAUUAGUAUGCAGAUGCAUAGACUCUUUCCCCGAAAACAAUUCAGUUCCAAGCAUUUUAGGGUUUCUGUUUCCAUUCGUUCCCAAUCUCGUCUCCAAAUCAGUUUCGGCUGUCUAAUCUUUUUGGUAAGAUGGAAAACCCAGCUGCAGAUCAGCUUCCAGAAGCACAUUCAUUGCCUGACGGGUUCGUCGAUAGCUCACCGGAACCGUUGGCCCCUUCAACACUGACGCUCGAGCAAGAAAAACCAGUGAUUGAUUGCAAGGAGGAGAAAUUAGUAGAAGCAGAUUCAAGACAUGAAUUAGUACUCAACGAGCUUCAGCCAAGUGAGGGAAAAACCGAAAAGAGUGAGAAUUCUAGAACCUUUCCUGUUCCAUUAUCUGAAAAUGACGGGUGUGAUGAAUCACCAACACCUGAGCAAGAAAACUCAUUAAGUGAUUAUAAAGAGGAGAGGUUAGUAGAAAUAGAUUCCAGACCCGAAUUAGUAGUGAACGAGCUUCAGUCAAGUGAGGAAAAAGCCGAAAAGAGCGAGAAUUCUAGAACCUUUCCGGUCCCAUUGACUGAAAAUGAUGAUGUGUGUGAUGGGUCACAGGGGCUAGAACUGCUUGGCAAGGGCAGUUCUUCACAGAGUGAAUGUAUAUCGGUUAUGGCUGAAUUAGCGAAGCCUGUUUCUGGAGCUCAAGAGCAACGUCCAAGUUCAAAGAAAGCAAUUGAAGGAGGCAUAGGGACACAAGCUGCCCAGAUGAAGGAGGUGUCUUCAGCUGACAGUGCUGAAAACAACAGAAAAAUAGAAACCUCUGAAGUGAAACGAAAGAACACAAAGCGGGCCUUUAAAUCUGAGAAGGAGUUUCUAGAGUUCACGUUGAAAUAUCAACAAGUUCUUGCUGAAAGAGAUUCAGCCAUCACCGUUCGAGAUAAACUUGAGUCACUGUGCCGGGAGUUACAGCGUCAGAACAAAAUGCUAAUGGAUGAAUGCAAACGAGUAUCAACAGAAGGGCAAAACUUGAGACUUGAUCUAUCAACUAAAUUCCAUGAUGCAAUUAAGGAAGUAAGCAUUAGGCUGGAAGGGCAAAAAGAUGAAUGUCUGUCUCAGCUGAAGGAGAAUGAGAUGUUAAGAAGCAAACUGAAGCAGCUUGCAGAUCAGUAUGCUCUUUCUGAACAGCAGCACGCACAGAUGUUGAAGCAGAAGACACUUGAACUCCAGAUUGCCGAUUUGAAAAUUCAGCAGCAUGAGGAAAAAUUGCUACAGGAACAGUCCCAGAUGAAGUUAUAUGCAGAACAGGUGUCACAAUUAUUAGCAACUGAAAAGAAUUUGCGCUUACAAUUAACAGCUGAUGGAGAAAAAUUCCAACAAUUCCAGGAUGCUCUGGUAAAAAGUAACGAGGUUUUUGAAACAUUCAAGCAAGAGAUUGAGAAGAUGGGGAAAUCGGUAAAGGAACUCAAAAAAGAGAACACCUUCUUAAAGAGCAAAUGCGAGAAAUCUGACGUUACUCUCAUUGAACUUAUUGAGGAGCGUGAGCACUUGAAGAAACAACUGGAGAAAACGAAGAAUCAGAAGGAAAAGCUUGAAUCACUCUGUCGGUCUCUUCAAGCAGAGAGGAAGCAAAAUCCCAUUGGGGGAAACAACUCUGAUUCAACGGCUGUUUUGAAUUCAGAAAGAUCCACCUGAGUUUAAAAAAAAAAAAAAAUCAUUUAAAUGUUCACAGGAGUUCCUUUACAUUAUUACCAUAUGGUGAUUCGGCUGUGUUGUUUCUCAAGGAUUUUCAAGCAAAUUCAUCAAUUGUAUUGUCUAUCAAAUAUUUAUGUAAAAGCAUUUUUGGCAUCAGUUUUCUGCCCUAUUACUGGAUUUGUUCAAUUGUAUUAGUAUGGUGCAUUUGAAAGCGAGUUUGAGAACUUGAGAUAUCAACUUAAAUUAGUUAUUUGUAAUGGUAGUAUGGGAUAAGAGAGUAUUCUGCAGAA